CGUCUUUUCUCUUAGAAAUAUAUAUUAAAGAUCUUCCUCUUAACACUUCUGCGUUAUAAGUAUACAAAGUAUAACACGGAUCGCAGUUUAAAAUGGGUAGUGAACAUGUACGGAUUCCUCUUCUUAAUAACCGCCGCAAAAGGACGUAUGGGUACUACAGCAUGUCUGAGUGCAAGUUAUUUACGCCGGGGAGUAAAAUUAAUCAAAUCAUCUGCGCAUUACUAAUAUGUCUUCCCACCUUCAGCUAUGGUACCUGUAUUGGAUGGAUGUCUCCAAUGACAUUACUUUUACAAUCAAAAAACUCUCCGAAAGGCGUUCCUCUGACGGAUUUAGAGAUAUCGUGGAUGGCAUCGUUACCAUAUUUAACAUGUGUUCCUGCAACAUACUUAAUGGCAUAUAUGGGAGAUACAUUGGGAAGAAAAUCAACACUUAUGUUCAUGUCUGCUAUAAAUUUUACAAUUUGGACUUUAAAAAUCUCUUCAAUGAAUAUCUGGGUAUUUAUUACUGCUCGUAUACUGGUUGGUAUCGGCAUGGCUGGUGCCUGCGUCACAGGCCCAACUUAUAUCAAGGAGAUAAGUGAAGAUAGUAUGAGAGGAGCUUUGGGAUGCUGGGGUGCAUUAUUCACAGCUUUCGGAUCUCUCUUUUCCUACAUCAUAGGAGACUGUCUUAGCUAUCAUCAGAUCCUUUAUGUGUUGGUGACAUUUCCCAUGAUUCACUCUAUUGUGUUUCUCAUGAUGCCAGAUUCGCCAUCUUACCUCGUCAAGGAAGGAAAGCUAAAGGAAGCGGUUAAAGCACUGGCGUGGCUACGAUGCAAAGACAUUGCGGAUCCAUCUAUACAAAUGGAACUAGAACGUUUGAUGAAGGAGCAGAAAGAGAGCGAUGAGAAUAAACAAUUUAUGUUAAAAUCUAUAGUGACUGACAAAACCCUCUUCAAGGCUUUUCUCAUCGCCUUGGUAGCAGCAGUUUCUAGAGAGGUCUGUGGUGCUGUGCCCAUCCAAAACUUCGCAGGAGACAUCUUUAACCUGGCAUCAGAGGACAACGCCUUUGCUCUUAGCCCAAACAAGCAGGCCAUGAUGUUGGGAGUCGUGCAACUGGGUGGAUCUUUGUUAGCAUCUAAUGUUGUUGAGAAGUGUGGUAGAAAGUGGUUAAUGAUCAUCACCUGCCUAGUAUCAGGAAUAAGUAUGUGCGUACUUGCAUCUUGGUUCCUGAUCAGAGAUUACAACAUUAUCACCACCGCGUGGAUACCAGUAAUCACAUUGUGCCUGUGUGUAUUCUGUGAUGCAGCAGGUCUAAUGCCAAUAAGCAUCGUCAUAACGGGAGAAAUAUUCUCAUUUAAGUACCGAGGUACAGUCCUAGCAACAACAAUGGCGAUCGCAUCAGUAGCUGACUUCAUCCAACUUCUGUUCUUCAAGCCACUCGCAAAUUCAAUUGGCGUGUUCUACGCGUUCUACUUUUUCGGAUCCAUGUGCCUUUUAACCGUUGUAUAUGUGGUCUUCAAGCUUCCGGAAACGAAAAAUAGAUCAUUGGAAGAGAUCUAUGACGAAUUGAAAAAAGCUUAAUUUAUUCCUUAACCGAUAUACGCAGACGCAAGACGAAACAAAAGACAAAAUCAGUCUAUCCACACUAGACCUGAUGGUUUUACUAAUAUUUCGUGUGAAUUUUAAUAGUGAGACAUUAUGUAUGGACAAUAAAAUAACUCUUGCUUGAACCAUAUAGAUAAUUUAGCGUAAGAAUGGAGAGUUUUGUAAGCAUCUCAUUUGUUAAGACAAACUUAAAUAAUUA